CAUUUCCAGUAACAGCUUUCCAUAUCAGGAAGACUGUGAGACAUUACAGUGUAAGCACGCAGCAAAGUAAACGUUCACUUUCCCAGGAAAUGGGUCGGAGCUGAUGAACUGGACUGUUUUCGAAGGAGAAGAAGAACAAAUCGUUUCAGCAUGGAGUUAAAGAGGCCAGUUCGCGAUAGGAUAUCCCUGGUCCUUCUUAUUUUGGUGAAUAUUACAACAGUUCUCUUUGGCCAAACUCUUGACUGUACCAACGACUAUGAGUCACAGGUGUUUUGCCACUUUAAAGGGCAAAACUGCUCUGAAUACAAGUUGACUUUCCUGAGCAACAGCGGAUUCGGGGAGAAGCAUAGCAAUUUUAAACAGUGUGACACUGCACAGUGUUGCUCUGUCCACCAAGAAAAGAUGCUUAUUCUAGGGGAGUCUUUUAAUGCCACAGUUUGGAAAGGAGGAGAUUGCAUAGAGUUCAAAAUCAUCAACAUCAAUGAAAGCAUAAAGCCCAAAACCCCAACAAUUGUCUCAGUGAAAGAAUCUAAUGGGAAUUUUCAUGUCAAGUGGAAGCAGAACGUGAAGGAAAGUUUAAGAGAUAACUUGAGUGCUAAUGUGACUUACCAUAAAAAAGGAGACACAGAAAAGGUGUCUGCUAAUGUCAGACCAACUACUCUCGACGAAUUUGGUUACUAUGAAAUACUUGGUCGAGACUUGGAGCCAAGUACAACAUAUGUGGUCAGCGUGACAAACCAAAUAGACUUGAGUGGAAAGUUCAGUGACAGUAGUGAAGAGUGGGAAUUCACAACCCCCAUGUCCUCCAUUGUCCUACCCUUGGUUAUCAUCAUCAGCCUCAGUUUUGCUGCAAUCAUCAUCACCGCUACUUUAAAUGGCUGUUAUGUAAAGCUCAAAACAAAGUGGUGGGACACAGCUGCCAAAAGUCCAAAUCCUAAACUUCUUAUUAUGCAUCCAGGAGAGCAAGAGGUCUUGAAGCCUGUGCCACCCAUCAUCUCCUCUGUCUGUGUUGAGCCCCUUGUUCCAGAUGACAACAAACCAUGGUCAAAGGAGUGCCUGACAGACACUAGCAGUGGGAGCCUUCAGCGAAGCAGUGGAAUCAGUACUGGCUCUUCUGGUCUCAGUUAUGCUAAUACAGAACCUAACAUUAUAGCCUGUGUUCAGGAUGCCCUUUUUAAAGCCCUCCCCAACAUCAGCCCAAUUUCACAUUUAAUCACCAAUUCAUUUACAGAAGAAAACAAAGACAGUGGUUUGCUCAUCUCUUCCUACAACCCUUGUGGUGUCAGAGCUGAUGACAUGAGCUCUGGAUCAUCUGGCUUUGAAAAUAAAACCUACUCCAUCCUAAUUCCCUGCGGCCCACAUCAGAAUCUGACGGACAGCUCUGAGUUUCAGACGGACGCUGAAAUGCUUUGUGACUCUGAAUACCAUCCUAGUGUGGGUGACUUGACCUGUGUUGACCAACACGCACCAGCUUGUCCGCUUGUUAAUUUUCCACCAGUGGUUUUAUCUCUAAUGCCAACAGACAUGUCAUAUCAGCAAAGCAAUGCAGAUUCUGGGGAAUUUUCAUAUGCAGAAGACUCCAGUUUGUCCUCCGUCUCUAGUGGCACCAACACAAUUGCGUUAUGUGAUCCUGUGUCCAGAGUCGAGGGCGGGUGUGAGAACUUCGAUGAGUCUGUCUGUGGUGCGACAAAGCUACAUGGAAAAACUGAAAGGGCCAUUAUAUGUGAUGAAAACCCCUGCUCCAGCUAUGCGCCUGCAGGCUCACACAGCUUUCCUCCAGUGGAUGACGGCUACCAGGCAUUUCAGAAUCUGGUGGAGCAGCCUGAUAUUUUGUUUUCAGAGGAGAGAAGUGGUGAGAAAGAGGAACGUUUGAACAGAUACCCAGAGGAAUCAUUCACCAAGAUGCCUCAAAGCUUCUUGAGCCCAGUUGUCCCAGGCGUCAUUAACAAUGUCCAGGGUGGCCAGUGUUUCUCUGAGCUCCAAAGACCUUUUCUCUCUUUGAUCCCUGCUCAAGAGUCUAUGCCACUAUUCACAGACAGCGGCUAUCAGAGUGUGUAGCGCUGACAUUUUAUUAUGUGCAAUUUGUGCUUCUUUAAAUUAUUGAGAAACAUUGUUGAGAAAUUUGGAAGACGAGAGAGAGGGAGAACAGGAUGUGGCUGUGAAUGGUGUUUACAACUGUAACAUGACUCAGGUUUAAAAGUCAAUUGAACUCGGAAACAGCAGCAAAACAAACUCACCUUAAGAUCCAUUUAGUAGCUGUUCCGGAUCUUUCAGUUUGCCCUGUUGUCAUGGAUACAUUACAUAAUCUUCCGAAGAAAAUUAUGUAAUCAUGACCAAAAGCUUCAGAACAGUUAAGAAAUGGACUUGGAGUUGAUAUUGUUUUCUCAGCUGUGACAUGAUGUUUUAAUACUUCUCAUGGUCAUAGAUAGUUUUUGUUUUGCGGCAGCGAUCCAAAGAAAACACAUCUUUGCGCCUUGAGAACAGUUGAUUUGUUUAAUUUUUGAAUACUUUGCAACUGUGUAUGACUGCUUUUGAUGUGAAACAUCAAUUUAAGUUUGUACAUAAAAACAUUCAUGUAAAAUGUCUGUCAUAAACAGAAUGCACUUAGCUUGGCAUCACCAGACUAAUUUGCAAAUGCAUAUUAGAGCACAUGAAACAUGAGCUCACAGAUUCGUCUGGUUUGCUAGAAUCCACUUGCUUUGACUUUUAGAUGUGUGCUUGCUAUAAAUGCUCGAACAAAACAGCUGCAGUCAGCUCAUAUAUUCAUAUCUCACUUGUCAUAUUAAGCUAAGGUAAUUUGUUUUUCUCAUAGCCCAUAGGAAAUAUGAAUGUUGUAUAAUACAAUAUAAAUGUUGUAUAAAGCUUAUAGGAAAACACUGUCUGAAAUCAUGUCCAACCAUCCAGUCUAUAGUAUUAGUAAGACUUUAGUGAAAUAUGAGUUAACAGAAGAGUCAUUACCAUUAAUUGUAUAGAUUAUUUCUCUCUGAGCUUGAUUUGACCAGGGAAGUCAUCACAAGAAAAAUGGCUUUUUAAGGAAAAUGACAUCUGAACUGACUAAACCAAGCGUCUGCAGCAAGUCAGUGCUCAUAAUGAGCUGGUGCAAUUCAGAGUUGUGAAAUUGCUUCCUCAUAGCUCUUCUCUGGAACUGCAGAGUCACUUCCACUUCCAAAAUGGACACAAGAUAAGAACCUGGAAAUGUGUUUCUGGAUCUAUUUUAGAUCUAUUGUAAUGUUUUUUUGUGUCUGUCUUUUUGUAAGUGUAAGAUUUUACAUUAGGCCUAGAUAGUGUCCUAAUUCUUUUUAAUGCAACAAAAAAAUGUGUCCUUAUCAGGUACACUAAAUACCAUAAUGCAACACUUCACCUUUAAUAUGCAUACUUUACAGUUGUAGGACAAUACAUGGUGCACAAUGAUGA